AUGGGCCAGGCCAUCAAGAAGUACGGCUGGAAGCGCAACGACCUCGUCAUUUCUACCAAGAUCUACUGGGGUGGUGCUUUCGGUGACAAUGUCGUCAACAACAAGGGUCUGUCCCGCAAGCACGUCAUUGAGGCCAUGGACGCCUGCCUUGAGCGCCUUGACCUCAAGUACGUUGACCUUGUCUACGCUCACCGUCCCGAUCGCCAGACUCCCAUGGAGGAGACCGUCCGCGCCUUCAACCACCUGAUCAACACUGGCAAGGCUCUGUACUGGGGAACCUCGGAGUGGAAUGCCGACGAGAUUGCCCAGGCCUGGCGCUACGCCGACAAGCUUAACCUCGUCGGCCCCGUCAUGGAGCAGCCCUCGUACAGCAUGCUGGACCGCAAGAAGGUUGAGCACGAGUUUGCCCACCUGUACCGCGAGGUCGGCACGGGUUUGACCGUCUUCUCUCCCCUGCGCCAGGGCAUUCUGUCUGGCAAGUACAAGAACGGUAUUCCCGAGAACUCCCGCUUCGGCUCCGAGAACAUUGGCUUCAUCAAGGACUUCUGGAAGCGCGAGAACGCCAAGAAGCAGUUCCAGGACCUUGUCGACCGGGCCAACAAGGUCGAGCCCAUUGCCGAGAAGCUCGGUAUUAAGAUGAGCACCCUGGCCCUUGCUUGGGUUCUCAAGAACAAGAACGUCAGCUCCGCCAUCAUCGGUGCCAGCAGCCCCGAGCAAGUCUUUGAGAACAUCCGCGCCAUUGGUGCCCAGGAGAAGCUUACGCCUGAAAUUCUCAAGGAGAUCGACGAGGCCCUCGACAACAAGCCCGAUGCCAUUAUUCCCAGAUUUUAA